ACUUAGUGACGCCGCGUCAGGCCGCACAGAUGAUCUUCCCCAAAGUGAUUGUGCCUCUGCAGAAGUAUCUGCGACUGACUCGUCUGCAACAUCUCCAUCCACCGGACAAUGUCCUUUCACGUCUCUCCACUGUCAUUGCCCACAACUGCUCCCCCGAGACCUUCCUUACAGCCUACAGUCUGGGCCAACCCUUCACUACCAUCACGGCCGCCUUUGUCUCCUCUGGUCUGCCCUUCCAGCGCAGAACCUUG